AUAGGCAGACCAGUGGUCAGCUACUUGAGCAGUUUCUCAUAUGUCCUGUGUGACUGAGUCGCAUGUACGGGGUACUUUCUGAUCUUAAUUCUCAAUCCUAUUGGUGCAUCAACCCGACGAAAUACUGUAAGGCCCCCACGGUCUUGUUGGUGAUACCUGACGUUCGACAUGCCUUUACAUAAGGUACCUAAGGUAGGCAGGGGCGCUUACAUACGAUCAAGGAUAAAAGGGCAGCUCCUCGCCCAGAAAAGGCAUCAUCGGAGACCGAUCGUUCAGCCUGAAUACCACUGAUGAAGUACACACCCCUGUCUUUUGAUCUGUAACCCCAUCAGAAACCACAUCACAUCCUCUCUUGCAAUGUCCUCAACCUCGCAGAAACAAAUUGCCGUGGCUUUCUACCGUCGGGAUCCCAUCUCAACCGACCCGCACAAACGCAAAAUCUACCAGCACGAGUCGUACCACUGGGGAAUUCUGAUCGUGCAGCAAGGCAACGUUCACGACGCCUACGAGGCGACAGACAGAAACAGGCUCGACCCCGUCACGUGGAAGCAGGAAAACCCGACCCUGGAUUGGUGGUUCAAGGCCAAACAAGGCGUCAACCCGUACCGAAGUGGGAAGUAUCUCGGGUGCGUCGUCGUCGGGACGGUGCCGGCCGACAAGUCGAGGGACGAUGUCCAGGCGUUCCUGCACGAGGUGCCCCUGCCCAAGAGGCACCAGUAUCCGCAGCAGAGCUGUGUGACGUGGGUUGGGAACGCCAUACGCGCCUUGGGCGAGGCGCAGUGGAUGCGCGAGUUGGACUGGGAGGAAUUCGCGGACUGGGCGCUCGCAUACGCCGACAAGAGACUGAAGAACUCGGAGGACACUCCAGAGGUAGUCUAUUACGAAAAGUAAUGGAAGCAAGAGCGAGAGAGGUGAGGAAGAGAAAAGAAGGAAAGGGAAUCUUGGCCCUAACUGUUCGCGGUGGGUAACUCAGGGACCGAUCUAUCAAGCUCUGUAUUUGGAUCAUCGCAGCUACCUACCUAAUUGGCAGAUAGUUUCUGAGGGAAAGAAGUAGAUAAAGGACUAAGCGAUAUAUAAGGUAGGUAAUCCGAAGUGGCUAUAUACUAGGUACUUAGAGAGUAUGAUAUAUGAGAGGGUAAUCUGUCUAUCUGUAUAUUGAAUAUAAGCACGAAAAUAAGCCCUAUAUAUAAGAUAU